GGAGCCAGUAGGCGGCCAGCGGCGGACUCGACGGCGGCGCCAUGGAGCUGGGGGCGGGCGGUGCGGCUGGGCCCCGGCAGCGGGACGGGGCGGAGCCGGUCCGCCUGCUCUUCCUGCUUCUGGGCGGGGGUGGCGGCGGAGGGUCGGGUUGGGCGUGGUCCCCGGGGGGCGGUGGGGAGGGUGGGGCCGGGACAGGUACAGAGACCGGCCCGGAGCCGGACUAUGAGGGCCUCCCACGCGGCUCCGCUGCUUCCACCCACAUGUUGGCGGGGGCUGUGGCCGGGGUCCUGGAGCACAGCCUCAUGUAUCCCGUGGACUGUGUCAAGGUGAGUAGAGGCGCAAAGAAGCAGGAGCGCGCGGAGAUGUGCAGGCGAGAGAGAAGUGGAGUCAGGGCCGGGACGGGUGGCGAUGAGUCCUUUGGCGUGCAAAGUUGGGGAGAAGCAGGUAUGGAAGAAGGCUUCGGACAGUGCCAGCAUAUGGGGCCAGGUAGCUCCGUAGGAGUCCUGUUCCUUGUUAGUCAGUAGUUCGGUCCGAUUUGGUUUGAGCGAAGAAACGGUGAGUCUUGACCCGGGACGCCUGUGUCGAUGGGUAGAGAGAAUGAAUUACGUUGUUGAGAGAGAUUCUUUAUCUCAUGUCGUUUGUCUCCUGAAGCCAACAAGCACCUGCCAGUUUGUGAACUUGAAACGAUAGCCAGAGGUAGGCAAGAAUACAACUGAUUUCCUUUAUGUCUGUGAAGCAGUAUGCUUGGUUUCAGAAAGUUUCGGCUGACGCCU